CUUCAGUUUAAGGUUGAACGUCUGUCUGAUCGUUAAAUAUAAGACCAAUUCUUAGUUGAUAAAAUUAAUUUUACUUCUAUUUUAAAAAUGUGGUUAUUAUUAAGUAUUGUUGCUGCAUUUUUUUCACCAAUUAUCUGCGAUGAGAAGCCAAUGUUUUAUAAAAACUUAACAACAUCCAUUCUCGCUAAUGAGGGAGACUCAGUUCAACUUGAAUGUUAUGCAAGUGGUUCUCCAGUUCCUAAUAUCUCGUGGCUAAGAUAUGUGUCUUAUGGAGACACAACUAACAAAAUCUUGCCAAAUGGUCAUACCAUGUUCAAUGGAACCGUUUUGGAGUUUCCAUCAAUUACUAAAGACCAACGUGGACGAUAUCUCUGUAUAGCUAUGAAUGGAAUUGGGGAUUCUAUUCAAGAAUUAUUUAAUCUCCAAGUUAGAAGUGCUCCAAUAAUCACACAAAUGACUCGUAUGGAUUUUGGAACAAAUGAAAUAAGAUUAGGUUGUGAGAGUAAAGGCAAUCCACCUCCUGGUGUCACUUGGUAUCAUAAUAAUGAAAUAAUAAACAGCAAUAGUGAUUACAAAAUAACUGUUGGAGGAUGGUCUGAUUGGAGUGAUAGUGCUGACUUCUUCCUUUCUAUUUCGAAAAAUAAUCCUAAUUAUCGUGGAACUUAUAAAUGCCUUAUUUCAAAUGAGCUAGGACAAGUUGAACACACUUUCAACAUUUCUGACGCCAUGAAGAUGUGAAAGUUUAUUAUUUAAUUUGUUAGUUUAAAUUGUACAAUGUUUUAUGCUUUUCUGAGCAAAUAUCAAAAUAAAAAAAAAAAAUAUUUUCAAA